AUGAAUGCCAAACCAAAAUUUGAACAAUUAUCUACUAAAUAUCCAAAUACAAAUUUUGUCAGUGUCGAUGUUGAUCAAUCGCAAGAUAUUGCCUCUCAAUACUCAGUUUCUUCUCUUCCAACAUUCCUCUUCUUCAAGGCAGGAUCAAAGUUAGGACAAAUUGUAGGAGCUGAUAUGGAUAAAGUGGAGGAUAUGAUUAAGAAACAUGGAACUAAUACAUCACCAGGAGCUUUCCCUUCGGGUGGAGGAAGAGUUUUGGGAUCAUCUGCAUCAUCUUCAACAACCUAUAAUAAUUUGCAAGCUUCUGGAGGUAGAGGUGGAUUAUCGGAUUUGUUUGAUCCUCUUGUUAGACAAGCUAAUGGAAUUCCUGUGGAACAACGUCCAUUAUACUUUUUAGGAUUUUUGAUUCUUGCUUACUUUGUCAUUAAGAGUAUUUUGAAAAUGUUGUUUUAG